AUGCACGGCGGGAUUGGUCCCGAGCUGACGCGCCGGUUGGCUCGCGACGGUUUCGAGCCUGACGACGAUAGCUACGACGAUUUGCGUACGGCUCUCCUCUGGAGCGACCCCAAUCAUCAGAUCAAAGGCGAGGAAUGCGGCACAGCCUAUGCGUUGAACCACCGUCGUGGCAAGGGCUAUUAUUAUGGUGGUGAAGCCAUCGCCACAAUCCGUCAAGACUUGGGUAUCGACUUCAUCGUUCGUGCGCACCAGGAGAUGGACACCGGCGUGCGGUUCUUUGAGGAUUGGCUAAUUUCCGUCUACACGACGUCAUGGCGCGCUCCACAGCCUGCCACUCCAGAAGCGAGACAAAAACAAAAUGAAAGCGAAGAUCUGUCGAAAGAAGUUUCACCUGAGGCCACAAAACAUCGGAGGGACAUUAUCGAGGCGAUGGAGGAGGAGGGGCAGAUUGGCGGCGUUUUGGUCUAUGAUGGCAUCAAGUUCACCAUGAUCCACUUCAUUCCAGUCAACAAUAAGCCCUACCAGACCGACAAGGCUUUUGCCAAAGCAUUUGAGACGAAGAGGGCCAACGAACUGUGCUUCGCGGAAAACAAUUGCGAAGAGUCCGACUCCUCCAGCAGCGACUCCUCGACAGAGUCGAGUGACGAAGUGACAAUUGCCGAGAAAGCGCCUGCUCGGCGCAAAGCUGCCGUCGUGCUCGAGGUCGAUGCGAAGAAAAAGGACAAUGCCGAAGACAAGCAU